CGCUGGCUGCAAGAAAGAGGGGAGGAUUUUGCGCUAUCGCGUAUAUAUACAUAUAUUGACAUUAUACAUACGCGCUAUAUUGUUAAGUGCGAGAGGCACGUCGACGUCAGUCACUCGACUGCGUGAACCUUACGGUCUUUACGCAUAGUGGCUGUAGUUACGUUGACGUGUAAUUAUGAGUUGUGGAUUCGUCACUUGCGGCCCGAACGAGGCUCUCGUCGUCUCAGGAUGUUGCUACAGCAAACCUCUCUUGGUACCUGGAGGCCGAGUGUUUGUUUGGCCUCUCGUGCAACAAGUACAAAAGAUUUCUUUAAAUACGAUGACCUUACAAGUCGAGAGUCCAACAGUAUACACCUGUCAAGGAGUUCCAAUAUCUGUAACAGGCAUUGCACAGGUAAAAAUUCAGGGACAAAAUGAAGAGAUGCUAUCUACGGCGUGUGAGCAGUUUCUUGGAAAAUCUGAAGAUGAGAUACAUAAUAUAGCUCUCGUUACUUUAGAAGGACAUCAACGAGCUAUAAUGGGUAGUAUGACUGUAGAGGAAAUUUACAAAGAUCGUAAAAAAUUUAGCAAGGAAGUCUUUGAAGUAGCGAGCAGUGAUCUAGUCAAUAUGGGCAUUACUGUCGUAUCGUACACAUUGAAAGAUAUCCGAGACGAAGAAGGGGCAAAGGGUUAUUUACAAGCACUCGGUAUGGCACGUACAGCAGAAGUGAAGAGAGAUGCUAGAAUAGGUGAAGCAGAAGCUCGCAGAGACGCUCAAAUUAGGGAAGCUAUUGCCGAGGAACAAAGAAUGGCUGCACGUUUCCUUAAUGACACAGAGAUUGCAAAAGCGCAACGUGAUUUUGAAUUGAAAAAGGCUGCUUAUGAUGUUGAAGUCCAAACCAAAAAAGCUGAUGCAGAAAUGGCAUUUGAACUGCAAGCAGCAAAAACUAAACAAAGGAUUAUGGAAGAGCAAAUGCAAGUAAAAGUUGUAGAACGUAGUCAGGAGAUUGCCGUGCAAGAGCAGGAAAUGUUGAGACGCGAAAGAGAAUUAGAUGCCACUGUACGACGUCCUGCUGACGCAGAAAAAUACAGAUUAGAGAAAAUGGCCGAAGCAAAUAAAUUGCGUCUUGUUAUGGAGGCUGAAGCCGAAGCUGAAGCUAUUAAGAUUCGCGGUGAAGCGGAAGCCUUCGCUAUUGAAGCAAAAGCUAAGGCAGAGGCAGAACAAAUGGCAAAGAAAGCUGCGGCAUGGAACGAGUACAAGAGCGCAGCCAUGAUAGACAUGAUGCUUGAUACACUUCCAAAGGUUGCCGCUGAAGUAGCCGCUCCUCUUUCUCAAGCAAAAAAGAUAACUAUGGUUUCAAGUGGUAAUGGCACUAUUGGUGCCGAAAAAUUAACCGAGGAAGUUUUUAAUAUUGUACAGCGUGUUCCAGAUCUUGUUAAAAAUUUGACGGGCGUGGAUAUUGCGAAGUCGGUACACGCUGCGUAAAUAUGCGAUAUGAAGGAAAAUUGAAUAAUUUCCUUGAUCAAAUUUUUC